UUUUCAUGAUAUUUAUUUUUUCAAAAUACAUAACUUUCAAUAUAAGCAUCCAAGAUCAUGUACAUAUGGUUGAAAUUAAAGCCCAUUGAUUGUACUCUGUUCUAUCGCUGACUUUAGAGGUAGUUGAAGAAAAAGCAAGACACUUGCUUUUGUUUGAACUAAAGUUUGUCUUUCUUGUGCAUCUAAGCCAACAUUUUCAAACCUCCCAAUCAUUAAACCCAAAACAACACAAAGGUAAUUCUUCUACAAAAGCUUCUCUCCUCCACUUUCACACCUCUCUCCUCUACUCCCCUGUUUUCCUCUGUUUUCUCUUCUCCCCUGUUUUUCUUUGUUUUCUCCAUUCUUUCUUCUCCAAAUGCAUCUCAAAUUCAACAAAUCUUUCCAAUUCCUGUCAUCUUCACCAUAUUAUCCGUCUUCGCAAAUGAAACUCUAUCCGUAGACCCAAAUUUCGAGGCCUGUGUGCCUCAAAAUUGCGGGAAUGGUCCAAAUAUAAGUUACCCUUUUUGGAUUACUAAUUUGCAUGAGUCCUAUUGUGGCCAACCAAACUUUGAGGUCACUUGCAAUGGCGGAAACCUGGUUGUCGCGAUAUCUGAUGAUGAUUAUGUCAUCGAAGAAAUAUUCUACGCCAAUAAUUCAUUUCUCUUGGCCAAUUCCAUGGUCUAUGAUUUUGAAAAUACAUGUCCAAUUCCUCUGCAUAAUUUUAGCAUUGAGGGAACUCCAUACAACUAUAGUCUUGGCUAUGUCGAUCUCUUCUUCUUCUACAAUUGUUCAACGUAUCCUAUUAAAGAACCGACAUAUCGAGUUGAUUGUGCAAGCAAUGCUACCGAUUUAUCAUUUGCUGUUUUUCACAAGGAGGUUUUGGAGUACGAGAAUUAUUCGAUUGACUCGUGCAAUUCUUGGGUGAAUGCGCCUGUGGAGAGUGGAGAUAUCAAGACAUUUUUGGAAAUGAAUUUCACUGAUGUUUUGAGAAGAGGGUUUGUUUUGCAAUGGAGUGAAGAUUAUUGUAGUGAUUGCAAGAGAAGUGGAGGGAACUGUUGUUCUAUUAAUAACAAAUUUACCUGUUUUUGCUUCGAUAAACAACAUUCCAAAACCUGUGACGACGGGCAUAUGAAGUGGAGAAUAGCGCUUGUUAUAGGGCUUGGGGCAGGGGGAGUUAUUGUGGUGGUGGCUAUUGUUUGCAUCAUCUAUCAUCGCAGGAACAAAAAAUACAAUGCGACAUCGUCUUGGAUAUCUCGAUACACUUCUCAUACAUCUUCAAUGAAUGAUAUCGAAAAGGAAGCAAGCUACUAUGGAGUCCAAACUUUCAGUUAUAAUGAACUCCAAAAAGCCACCAACAAUUUUGAUUCCAAGAAAGAAGUAGGAGAUGGAGGAUUUGGUACUGUAUACCAAGGCAAACUUCGAGACGGGCGUGUAGUUGUAGUGAAGCGAUUAUACGAACACAAUUUCAAAAGAGUGGAACAAUUCAUGAACGAAAUAGAGAUCCUCACCCGCCUCCGCCACCCAAACCUCGUCUCUCUCUACGGCUUCACCUCCCGCCACUGCCGCGAGCUCCUCCUCGUCUAUGAAUACAUCCCCAAUGGCACUGUUGCUGAUCACCUCCAUGGCGACUGCACAAAACCCUGUUCCCUCUCUUGGACUACAAGAAUGAGCAUUGCAUUCGAAACCGCUAGUGCAUUGGCUUACCUCCAUGCUUCUGAUGUCAUUCACCGCGAUGUCAAAACUAACAACAUCUUGCUUGACAACAGUUUUUGCGUUAAAGUUGCUGAUUUUGGACUUUCUCGUCUUUUCCCAACUGAUGCGACCCAUGUGUCCACGGCCCCACAAGGUACUGUUGAGUUCACCCCAUGUGAAGGAGGUGACUCUCUUCCAUGGGAACACACACAAAGGUCAAGGAAGGAGGCUACCAACCAUGUCAAAGAAGGAGGCUGCCAAAGUCAAGCAUGGAGGCUGCCCAAAGGCUCUCCCACCUACUCCCUCACCUAUAAAUGGAGGUUGAGAGGAGAGAGCAAAAUGUGAGCAAUUCAUGAGCUUGUUGACCCGUGUCUUGGGUUUAACUCGGAUUAUAAAGUGACAGAGAUGAUCAAGGUGGUUGCUGAGUUGGCAUUUCAGUGUUUGCAAAAUGAGAGCGAUAUGAGGCCAUCGAUGAAAGAAGUGUUGGAGGUUUUGAAGGAAAUCAGCAGUGUGGGUUAUGAUAGGAAGGUUGCUGACGAGAUGGACAUACCAGCAGAUGAUGUUGUGUUGUUGAAGAGUGAUCCACCAACGCUUUCACCUAAUUCUUUGACGCAAAAUUGGGUUAGUAGGGGAAGUACCACAUCUAAUGCUAGCAGUAGCUAAGUUAAUGUAUCAUUUUAAUGCAGUCAAGAUCCAUUUUAUAGUAAAUUUUGGGUGAUAAUGCCAUCUUAUUUCCAUCAUGAAUAUGAAAGUUACUAUGAAUUAUAUUAAUGCCUUU